AAUGCCGGACGCCUUCGCGUUUCCCACGAAGCAACGAAGCCGCGUUGAGUUCCAGGUGACGGGCCGUUUACCGUCUGGACCCACCCUCGCCUAAGCGGAGGGUCCCGACGUCAAUGACGAGUACGACCCCACGACAUGACGCGUUCCGUUAGAUGCGUUGAGCCAUAAACGAAAGUGAUAUUACUUUAGAAGCACGAGGGACCCGCAGUCAUUUGCUAAUUUUAUCGUUAUAGGCGUAAUCGCCAUCUUUAGCUUCUCUCCUCGCGUCUUUCAGUUUCACUUUUAGAAGCGCCUCCUUGUCUGUGUGAGCUCCAUACGCACGUGCACUGGGGAUCAUCUGGAGGAGAUUUGGGACUGAACACAUUUGACUGCGUUACUCGCUGGCGUGAACUUGUUCCGGGUAUGAAAAGGAAAGCCAUGGGUGCGACAUCCAGCUGCCACGACCGGCGACUGUCCAGCACGUUCAUCAUUCCCGUGGAAAUCCUGGAGGAGAUCUUCCUGAAUCUUCCUCCUGAUCAGGUGGUUUGUACUUGUCAGCUCGUGUGUCGCCAGUGGAAAGAGGUAACGAACAGUGAGUCUUUAUGGGUUGAAAGGUGCAGAAGAGAAGGGUACCGUCCACGGAACGCUUCCCGAAAACCCAAAGAUUGGAAGUUGUUCUACUUCAUGUGCAAGAAAAGAAGAAAUCUUCUGAAGAAUCCGAUAGCAGAACAUCAGUUUGAUAACUGGAAGAUUGUGGAAAAUGGGGGUGAUAAGUGGGCAGUAGAAGAUGUCAUGGUGCCGCAUCCAGAUGAAAGAGUCAAGAAAAACUUUGUUACCUCUUACUUCUCGUGCAUGAAGUCACAGCUCAUUCAUUUGGAGAAAGAAGGUUACAACCCAUCGUUUAUGGAUGAUUUCCAGCCAGCCAUAAAAAUAUCUGACUGGUACGCACCACGGUGGGACUGUGGAAGUCAAUAUGAGAUCUGUGUGGAGUUGCUGAAUAUUGAAAAGAAGCCCAUCCAAACGUUUUCCCCCGAAACUGUUCACUUUGAGCAGUGGAACGAUCAGCAGUGGAAUCAGAUGACCCAUGUUUUCCAGAACUAUGGACCAGGAGUGAGAUACAUUAAAUUUACCCACGGAGGCAAGGACACAAAGUUCUGGGCAGGGUGGUAUGGGAUACGCGUCACCAACAGCUGCGUUGAGAUCUGUCCAUCAGAGGACAUAUAACUCCAUCUGCUUUUUCCUGCCUUUGUGAGAAAUUGCACAUAUGAUAUUUGCCUAUAUAAACUGCAAUUUUACAUCUGAUAGAAAUAUUUAAUAAGUUCUAAUAACCUUUGGACUCAAUUUUCUUGUUUUGAAAAUUGAAAAAAUAUGAACAAACACUUCAACAUUUAAAAAGAUGUAAAUCACACUCGUAUGAUUGAAGAUUCUUCUCUCUACCCGUCAGCUCUCAGGAUGAGAAGCCAUCAAUAGAUGUAGUUUGUCUAACAGGCACUUUAAAAGGACACUUUGGUCAAUGCUUAUUGUUUCAACAUUAUGAAGUAUUAAGCCAUCAGUUAUGUGACAUUGUUUGUGACAGAAUCCAAAAUCAAGUACGUCUUGUGUGAUUGUUCCUAGGAUUGCUACACUAAGCUUUAUUUUCCACUGGGGUCAAACAUUGUUAAUCACUAAACUAUUCUGUAUUGCUGAAAAACUAAACAAACAUUUAUUUAAAGAAAUAUGAUUAAAAUCAACAUAUGGGACACCAA